GUAUAUUUUGGUCGCCUGCCCGGUAUGCCGGUGUGCAAAUCUGGUACAUUUUAUGCAUCUGUUUGGUACGCUCACUAAAAACAAGACGGCAACAUUGUAUUGAAAGUUUACGUGACAUCUGGCCAGCAUGGCCAUUCAGAAUGGCAAUGGAGGCUAUCUGCGCGCAGAGGGCGGCUCGUGGCCGGGGUCGUCGCAGGGCGUCUCGUGGCCCGUCACGUCGCAGGGUGCGAUGCAGCACACGCCCAGCAACGAGGAGUGUGGCAUUCGCGAGGUGUGGGCUUACAACCUGGAGCGGGAAUUUGACCACAUCCGGCGGGUGGCGCUGACGUACAAGUACGUGGCCAUGGACACGGAGUUUCCGGGGGUGGUGGCUCGGCCGAUCGGCGAGUUCCGAAGUGCCCAGGACUACGAGUAUCAGCUGCGCCGCUGCAACGUCGACCACCUGAAGAUGAUCCAGCUGGGCGUCACCUUCUUCGACGAGCACGGCCGCACGCCCCAUCCCAUCACCACGUGGCAAUUCAACUUCAAGUUCAACUUGGUGGAGGACAUGUACGCCCAGGAGAGCAUCGACCUCCUGCAGAAGUCGGGCAUCCAGUUCCCGGUGCACGACGACGAGGGCAUCGAGCCGUUCGAAUUCGCCGAGCUCAUCACCACCUCGGGCGUCGUGCUCAUGGAUGACGUCAAGUGGAUCUCCUUUCACAGCGGUUAUGACUUCGGAUAUCUUUUAAAAAUUCUAACAAAUCAAAACCUUCCUCAAGAGGAAUCUGAAUUCUUUGAACUACUACGGAUGUACUUCCCCACCAUGUAUGAUGUCAAGUACCUCAUGAAGUCCUGCAAAAACUUGAAAGGAGGUCUGCAAGAGCUGGCGGAGCAGCUGGAGCUGGAGAGGGUAGGGCCACAGCACCAGGCUGGCAGCGAUAGCCUCCUCACCGGCGCUGCCUUCUUCAAGAUGAGGGAGAUGUUCUUCGAGGACAACAUCGAUGACGCCAAGUACGGCGGACACCUGUACGGUCUGGGCACGCCGUACCUGGCCAACGGCGGCGGCUCGCAGGAGUCGGCCGGCGAGCCCACCACGUCCGCCUAGAGCGGCCGGCCCGCGGCGUCGGCCGCUGCGGGUCAGCACCGUUGGCGCGGCGACGGCGGCCGGGCUGGUGCAGGCGACGCCCGCCAGCGCCGCCGGCCGGCUGGAGCCGUGCUGCAGCGUCGCGCCCCGCGCCUGAGGAUCGCCUGAGCUCGCAUACUCUGCUGUGAUAUAGAUUCAAACGCUGAUUUUAUCCUUGUUUCUCAUGACCAGCUGAACGCCUGUGUCUCGUGGCGGCGCCCAUGUGAGUCUC